UUUUUUUUUAAUUUCUGUCCUAUUUUUUAUUUUUUUUUAAUUUUAAAAAUUUUUAGAAUGACCAUUAGCCAAUUAUACAAAAAAGUAUUAUCAUCUUCCUAUAAUUUCAAACUCGUGCCUCGCUCUACGCUGCGAACUUUUGAGAGGAUGAGAAUUGAUCCGAACACUCCAAAAAUCAAAUUAAAUAAUGCAGCUACGCCAGAAACAACGGCAACCAACAAUUUACCAAAAUUGCCAGUUCCCCAGUUGGAGCACACAAUCGAAAAAUUUUUGAAAUUUUGUAAGCCGAUACUUGGACCUGAAGAUUAUGGAGAGACUUUAAAGGAAAGCAUCGAAGCAAAACAGUUGCAAAAAAUGCUGGAGAGAAGAGCUCAAAAACUGGAUAAUUGGUUAACUCCUUGGUGGUUAGAUAUUGCCUACUUAUCAGCUAGAACACCACUUCCCGUCAUUACCAGUCCUGGCGUUACUUUUCCAUAUUCUGUUUCUGGAAGAGACGAGGUGAUUGACUUGGCUGCAAAAAUUAUUCAAUCGGCACUUUUGUUUCAUCACAAAAUUUUGACAAACGAUUUGGCUCCAGAUAAAGGACACGGUCACGUUUUAUUUGACAUGGAACAAUACAAACUUUUAUUUGGAACUACAAGAAUACCCAAAUUAAGAAAAGAUGAAAUACGCUAUGGAAAAGACCAAAAGAUAUGGGCUGAAUAUAUUUUGGUUAUGUGGCGUGGAAAUAUUUUUAAAGUUUCUGUUUGUGACGAUGCUGGUAGAAUUCUGAGCAUUACCCAGCUAAAAAAGGAAUUGGAUCGAAUUAUGCGAAGUGUAUUUUCUCCAAAUACUCAGGCGAUAAAUAUUGUGUCUAGUACUGAUCGUGAUACAUGGGCAGAAGUUUAUGCGAGGGUUAAAGAAAACAAUCCUGAAAGUAUUAAAAUUAUGGAAGACUCUCUUUUCAUCAUGUGCCUAGACGAAUCAGAUAAACCAUAUGAAAAUGAAAAACUUAAGAAUGCUCAGGACGAGAAUAUGUCAAUGGCACUACACGGAGGUGGAGCUAACAAAAAUUCAAGAAAUCGUUGGUUUGAUAAAACGUUGCAGUUUUAUGUUAACGAGAAUGGUUAUGCUGGUAUAACUUAUGAACACACACCAGCAGAGGGACCUCCACUUGCUCGCCUUUUAGAUUUUAUUUGUGAUCAAAUAGAUGCCAACAAUUUCGAAUUAGACUCUGGCCAACCUCUAUUACCUCCUCAACAUAUAAAGUUUAAAUUAGAAUUGAAGGAUGCUGUAGAAAUAGGAAGAGCAGAAGAGAAAUUAGAAAGAGUUGUACAAAACCUUGAAGUCAAGUCCUUAGCCUUCAAUGCUUAUGGCAAAAAUGUUCCUAAACGCUCGCAGCUCUCUCCAGAUUCUUGGAUUCAAUUAGCCUUACAAAUUGCACAUUAUCGACUACACAAAAUUCAUCCACCAACUUAUGAGACUGGAACUUUGAGAAAAUUUGCGGAAGGCAGAACUGACACAAUUCGUCUUCCUACAACAGAAUCUGUUGCUUUUGUGGAAGAAAUAACUGCUAGACCCAGAAGAAUGAGCGACAAUGUUUUGUUGACUUUAUUGGAAGCGGCAAUAGAUAAACAUAAAAAAUAUUCGUUGGAUGUUAUGGAAGGUAAUGGAAUUGAUAGACAUUUAUUGGGAUUAAAAUUGGCUUCAUUAGAAGAUGGAUGGCGGCCUAUUCCUCAAAUUUUUAAUUCAAUUGGUUAUCAAAAAUUGAUGCAUUUUAAGUUGAGUACAUCACAAGUACCAACAAAACAUGUUCUUCCAAUGGGUUUCGGUCCGUCAGCACCAGAUUGUUAUGGAGUUUGUUACAAUCCACAAGAACACAAAAUAUUUUUUACAAUAACAGCUUUUAAUGAAUGUAAAGAAACUAGUGCUGAAAGAUUUUCUAAGGAAUUAGAAACCGCGCUGUUAGAUAUGCAUGAUUUAGUUGAAAGAACGGGUAGACUGAAAGAGAAAUCAAAAUUGUAA